UUGAAAAUGCGGACCCGCGACAUUAAGACCAAGGAGUAUCUGCUGUCGCUGGUGGAGGAGGGCGGUGGUAUACAGAUGACCAGGGAGCUGCUGCACCAGCUGGAAACUGAAAUGUUCCGUGAGAUUGAACGUUUAGGAGGAAACCCGCAAAUGGUGGCGCUGAUUCGCGAUCUUCAAACAUGGGACGAACGUGAACAGAAGACAUCAUUGACAGGAUGUUAUAAUACUAACCAAACUUCUAACUAAAUAUGUUAUUUUA